AGAGCGUCAUGGACUCCUUGAUAAACCUGAAUCUUGUUGCCAAUUUGGCUCGCUUUACACUAUACAUAGAAGCUCUCGUAAUAUCGCACGUAAUAAUGCUGUUAUUAAUGGUAGAUGUGGGUUUGACUCCAAUGCCUUUGGUAUGACCCCUUAUUGUCAGAGUUCUUCUUCAGAGAAUUGAAGUCUACACGUUGGUCCCAUAUGCUUUGGUGGGCAUUUUGACGCCUGUCAUUGGAUGGUACAGCUUCCAGAAAGACCUCAAACACCCCCAUGUUAUCCACACAAUAGUGAGCGUUGCAAUAUCCCUUCUAAUCAUCAUGGCCGACUUGUUCGAGUCCACCGUGUUACGUGGGGCGUAUGGAAUAGUUCCCAGCUACGAUCACAUACUCAUCUUGUCGAUUUAUAUAUUCCUUCCCAUCAGCUCAUUAGAAGGCUUCAAGGUAUAUCUCCUGGGAGUGUCCGUCUCCCUAAUUUACUUCUCCCACACGGUCUGGGUAGCGUAUAGGUGCAAAAGCUUUAUUAAAACCAAGAUCGUUACCUACGGUCUCUACCUCUUCCUCCUUAACGCUGUCAUGGUGUUCUGCAAACUCCAGCGACUAUAUGAGACAAGGCGUUGGAUCGUCACCCGGUACCAGCUGGUUCUCCAGGGCAUUACCUUUAAGGUUGUGUUCAACGAAGAGAGGGCCCUGCUCGAGUCGAUCCUGCCGCAGAGGAUGUCCAACUUCCUGCGAGAGGACAUGUCCAAUAGACUUGCGUACGAGUCGAAGAAUGUCUUUCGAGGAACUUACAGGAACCGGAAACUAUAUAUUGAACCGUACCAGGAAGUGACUAUCUUGGUGGCCGACAUGGUGAACUACACCUAUCUUACCAGCCAGAUGCGGGCGCACGAGCUGGUGGAAAUCCUGCACGAGCUGUUUGUCAACUUUGACUUGGCGGCCAAGAACAACAAAGUUCUGCGAAUCAAAUUCCUCGGCGAUGCCUACAACUGCGUGGCAGGGAUCCCCACCUAUUUUCCCACCCACGCCCACAGCUGCAUUGACCAGGCGCUGGAGAUGAUCAGCAUAACCCAGCAGCUGAGCCACCGGAAAAAUUUAAACAUCAAUAUGCGCAUUGGGGUGCACACAGGAGGAGUGCUGGCGGGCAUCAUCGGGCACUCCAAGUGGCAGUUCGACAUCUGGUCUAAGGACGUUGAUAUCACCAAUCGGCUAGAGGCGUCUGGAAAGCCGGGCUUGGUGCAUAUUUCAGAAAGAACUAUGGGCAUGCUGGGGGACCAGUACGUGAUCGAAAACGGCACAGAUGCAGCCAAGCUGGAUCCGAUAUUGCAGAGUUUCCGCACCUACCUAGUCAGUAGUCGAUCUUCCGAUGCAGUGGAACUCUCUGACUUGGAGGAACACAGCUCCUCCGACAGCUCCAGGGAAAGUUAUGCCUCAUUCGUCACUGGCGACGUUUAUGAUGAGAUUCGGACCCGGGCGCACCGUGAGAUGAUCGAAGAGAUGAGCCACAUACCGGUGGGUCGACGGAUUGCAUGUCUACACCCGCCAAAGCUAAGAAAGAAAACCUUGUACGAGGAGCACAUGUUCAAGUCCCAGAUCGAGCCAGUUUUCCACACUUUCCGCGAUCUUAAGAUGGAGUGGAGAUUCGUCAAGCAACCAGACCUCAUGAUGAAGUACAGCAUGUUUGUUGUGGCCAUAGCUACCAUAGUAAUCUUAAAAAUGGUUCUGAUUGACCCGAGCGAAUCAACCGACGAGGUCGUCCCGUUUAACGCCACACCGUUCGGGUAUGUCCUACCACUGUUGCUGCUCUGCCUGCUGGCGCUCUUCAAGAAGCUUUGGUUGCAGAGGCGGCCGCUGACGCCCAUGACCCAGCCCAAGCUCGUCCUCUUCCGCUGGCUCCUGAAAGGAUCUGAGCUCAUCGAGGGGUCGCUGCCCUUCCGGGUCAGUGUGGCGGUCGUGUCCCUCCUGAUGCUGUACUUUAUGUCAUCCCAGCGAGUGUUUCUCUGCGACAUAGCGCAGCUGGAAAUCGAUGUUAUAGACGCGGACCUGCACAACGUGCUGCCAGACCUAAAAUGCUUUCUUCCGUGGGUAGGAUCGGUGAGACUAGGCUGCCUAGAUUACUCCUACUAA